UCUCGCAGCAACACUUUCCAUAUCCUGCGGCCCACCAAAGCUCCUGGGUUUGUGUACGCCUGGCUGGAGCUGAUCUCUCAUCGCAUAUUUAUUGCUAGGAUGCUGGCACAUACACCCCAACAGAAGGGCUGGCCCAUGUAUGCUCAACUGCUGAUUGACCUGUUCAAGUACCUGGGUCCCUUCUUAAGGAAUGUUGAGCUCAACAAACCUAUGCAAAUUCUCUACAAGGGCACUCUGCGUGUUUUGCUGGUCCUCCUCCAUGACUUCCCAGAGUUCCUGUGUGAUUACCAUUAUGGCUUCUGUGAUGUUAUCCCGCCCAACUGUAUCCAACUACGGAACCUGAUUCUCAGUGCCUUCCCACGCAACAUGAGGCUUCCAGAUCCAUUUACUCCUAACCUAAAGGUGGACAUGUUGAGUGAAAUCAAUAUUGCUCCUCGUAUUCUCACUAAUUUUACUGGAGUGAUGCCACCACAGUUUAAGAAGGAUUUGGACUCCUACCUGAAGACUCGUUCUCCUGUCACGUUCUUGUCCGAGCUCCGCAGCAACCUGCAGGUUUCUAAUGAGGCAGGGAAUCGUUAUAACAUUCAGCUUAUCAACGCGCUGGUGCUCUAUGUUGGAACCCAAGCGAUUGCUCACAUCCACAACAAGGGUAGUACACCAUCCAUGAGCACCAUCACACACUCUGCUCAUAUGGACAUCUUUCAGAACCUGGCUGUGGACCUCGAUACUGAAGGCCGCUACCUGUUUCUGAAUGCAAUUGCCAAUCAGCUGCGUUACCCAAACAGUCACACUCACUACUUCAGUUGCACAAUGCUCUAUCUGUUUGCUGAGGCAAACACCGAGGCUAUACAGGAGCAGAUAACCAGGGUUCUGCUGGAGAGGUUGAUUGUGAACAGACCUCAUCCAUGGGGUUUACUUAUCACUUUCAUAGAGUUGAUUAAAAACCCAGCCUUCAAGUUCUGGAACCAUGACUUUGUCCACUGUGCACCAGAGAUUGAAAAGUUGUUCCAGUCAGUGGCCCAGUGCUGCAUGGGGCAAAAGCAGGCACAGCAAGUGAUGGAAGGCACUAGUGCUAGUUAGACAGUCGGUCACUGCAGCCAGUAGUAUAUGGGGAAAACCUCCCUCAAUUUCCACUCUCAACCUGACACCGUUGGCUCUUCCAAACUGCCACAACAGUCUGCAUGGGGACAGACCUAGGACAUCCUUUUAAAGAAGUUACCUUCUUGUGGACUAUUUCAUUUUGAUUUGUGACUUUUGGCCAAAAACUCUGAAGAAAAAACUAAAACUGAACUUAAAAAAAAAAAAAAAAGAAAAAGAAAAAAAAAAAAAAAAAUUUAAAGAGAUGCUGUGAAUAUAAUUUUGAACUUUUAAUGUAAAUAGGGAGUGCAAUCUUUCAAAACUGGACAAAAACUGCAGAUAGUGUUUAAAAUAAAUUGAAGUUUGGUACCAGGAUCCACUUCAAAAAAGGGCAGCUGCUGAUGCUAAAUUCUGUCUGGGAUACAAAUCCAUCCCUUUUUUUUUCUGCCCUGGUCUCCCCAAUUUUGAUCUUUUUGUUUUCCAUUUUCUUCAUAAUGCCAGAUCUAUUAUUUCUGUUACACUGAAGGAUUACAAAAUUAAUUUAACUUGUGUUCAGAAAGGCUCUUACAGGAGUGGGAAAGUAUAGCAGUCCACUUAAAGAUGUGUUGUGUUUUUGGUUUUUUUUAACAUUUUGGAAAAAUUUAAAUUUAUUAAAGGGGACAGGGAAAAAGCAGCCAAUUUUAAUCCUGAAACACAGGCUUAUCCAGACUUGGUGUGAGGUGAAACGGGAGAGUUGUGUAAUUUAAACAUGGGAUUAGAGGUUCUCCCUGAUGCUUGUAAAAUUGUGGAAUACAGAAAUGCCAGCUUGUUGGUAAAGAAAUCUGUUAAGUUUGUAUAAAGAUCAAAAAAGAAAGGACCAAUACAGCCCAUUUUGUAAGGAUUUUGAAUGUUUUGUAAAUGUAUUGGUCCCUGUGUUGUAUUUUGUAGUACUUUAUAGUUUUGCCUUUUAGUUUUGCCUUUAGUUCUGCCACUUAUUGUAUGUAUGCAUACUGUAGUUACGCAUUAAAAGUCAUGAGAUGCAGCA